AUGGCUUCUCCCGGUGGGACUUCCUCCGCAUCCAGUCUGCUCCACGGCUCUGGUUCCGACGAAGGUCUGCAGGCUGUGAUUGACGAGAAGAAGCGGAAGCGACUGAUAUCGAACCGCGAGUCUGCGCGGCGGUCGAGGCUGCGCAAGCAGAAGCACUUGGAUGAUCUGGUGGCACAGGCGAACCAGCUGAGGAAGGAGAACAGCCAGGGCUUCGCAAUCUUGAAGCUCGUUACACAGCACUGUGCUGCUGUGGAGGCCGAGAAUUCUGUGCUGAGGGCUCAGAUGAUGGAGCUGAGCGGUAGGCUGCAAUCCCUCGAUGACAGACUCCACAACCUGAAUGGAAACAACGGCAGCAAUCACCUUGUGUGUGAUGGUCCUCAGUUCACUGACAACAUCGUCAGUCUAUGGAACUUCAACUAUAUGAAUCAGCCUAUCAUGGCUUCAGCAGAGGACAUGCUUUACUUCUGA